GCUUAUCUAGUUUAUCGAUUGUAACUUUAUACAUGGAUAGAGGUGUAUUUGCGUGCUUUUGCUGGAUUGUUUCUUAACGCUAUAUGCUGGUGAUUAACUCACGAAGUAAUACCUAAAUCGAAAACAUGGACUAAUGCUUAUCAUCAAGUCAUGUUUCACAAAGAUGCUCAAGAUAUACUGAAGAACAAAAUCGACGCUGUAGACAGAUAUAGGCAUGAAGUCCUCCGUUUCCUCAUAGACCUAAGGGAUGCUGGCAUUCAAGGAAGGGAACACAUCCAAGAAAUGUAUAAGAAAAGUCGAGGUGUCGACGGAGAGCGUAAAUACCAGUACAUAGCUAUUGCAUUAGUUUCACUUCAGGAAAUCAUGCAAGAGGAUCAUUCUAUUGUGGAACAGUUCAGGAAGUACGUAAUCGAACUGGAUGAAGUCAAUUCGAGCAGAACGCUUCUAUUUCAACGAGUGUCGGUGGUGAUGAACAGUACUCUCAAAAGUUUGUCUUUCCAUGGCGAACGCCGUGUGUUUGAUCCAGAUAAACGCUACUUGUUUGAACACAUAUCUAGCAGAGUGAAAAACAGUUCAGCGUUAGUAGUAACCAAUAAGGUCCACUAUUGCUUAGACAAUAAUAUUUUACAUCAAAUGCAUUUAGAUUAUGUUAAACAUUUUCAAACAACCGAAGAAAUGAUAAUAUUACUAUAUUCUCAUAAUAUUCCAUGUGAUAUACCAUUUAAUGAAUGUUAUUUAGUUCUUACAAAAUUUGUGGACAACGCCAACGAAGUUAUUUCUUUGGGCUAUGACAAAGCUUUUACGACAACAAAUGAGGAAAAAGUAAUUCAGCAUCUUCGUAAUAACGACAAAAUCAAACUAUUUAACCCGGGUGAGAUUAUGUUAGAACUUGAAAGAAUAAUGCAGUUGGCUUUUGCAUUUCCAGAAUGUUCGGAUGAUGAUGAAGACGAUCAUGCAGAAAUAAAUCUUGAAGCUUCAGUUCGGAUUCCACACCGUUUACAUUUAUGCAAUAAAUAUCUGUCUAGGACAUGUCAACGGUUUAGUCCCAAAAGCCAGACUAUCAACAUAAAAGAUAACAAAAAGACAUUCUCCACGAGAUUUUGUUCAUGUGUGAAAAAAUCUGCUAAAUAGCUCACCUGAGCACGAGGUUACAUAAUUUGAUUUUGUUGUCUACUUUCAUAGUCGUUCAAUGUCGUCUAUUUGCUUGAACAAUUCCAUUUCAAUUUUUGGUGGAAUAUAUCUAAACUAUUUAAGAAUUUUUCUUGGCCGUAAUGUUAUUAAUUUCUCUCGAUAUUUAGAAACAUUUAUGUUUAUUAAUGACGGCUUUACAGUAACUGACCCCACUAUGGUAAUAUUAUUUCAUUUUCAGCAUUUUAGGCAAUCAAUGUGAACUAAAGUUUGUAGUAUGCGUUUAACGCUUAAAAGUGAUGUUAUGCGCAUCUAACAUUAUAUUCUAUGUUUAUAGAUGUCUAUCGCAACCGUUGUUUAUUUUUGGCGUUUUCACUUUAUACACACUUAUAUUUGUUAAUGUAGCAUCAACAUACUUAAACAUUAUCCCGAAAAGAGAAAAAUAAUGCAUUUGAAUAUCAACCGUUAUUUCGUUUUGACAACUGACGACAGAAAUUAUUCGAUGUACAAUGUGAAUCUAAAUUUAGUCUUAGAGCAGAUUCGUUCAUAGACAACACACGAACACUCACUUCGCUCGGCUUAGUGGACUGUACAGUCAUGUAAAAUAUCGAAUAUAUUAUAUAUUUUUAUAAACAACUGGUAGCAAAAUGAGUUGC